ACAUGUUCCAUUUUCUCCUUGAUUUUUCUCAAAUUUUUCGAUUGUAUCUCGUGAAUAACUUUUGUUCUCACGGGUAUAUAAUAAAGUUAGCAAAAUACCUUUAAUCCAAAGUCCACAUAUUUAUUUUUAUUAUUUUAGUAGGUAAAAUUAACGAUCUAGUUUGUUACGAGAAUAGAAAUUAUCCGCAAAAUAUUAACAGAAAAAUAAAAAUUAUAAUGUGUUACAUGGAAGAAAUUGAAAUCACGAAAGGUGUUAAUGGAAUUUAAACCCUUUUGAAAGUAGAAAUCAACUACUAUAAGCAAUAAAUUUCUGCACUGUUUAUUAAGACCAAUAGCUGAUUGAAUUCCCCUACUUUUGUUUCUGACAUUAGAAAUACAGGAAUUGCAGUAAUCUUGUAUAGAAACUUAUUGCUUACUGAAGUGCAGAAUAUAGGGAAAAAGAAAACUAGCUGUGUAGAUAAAUUUGAGCAGAAGAAGUAAAAAAAUAUAUCUGCUUGGAAACUUGCCUUUCACCGUGUGUAAGAUGUUGAUGUCCUUAGGGAUCUGCUGCCAUUUGACUGACCGCUUGUGUCAGGGGACGAUUUUUCUGGUGCCGGACGAGGAACAAUAGGAGAGUCGAGCAGUGUUAGAAACCAAAGGCUACCACCACAAAAAACUCAAUCUUUCAAAGGAGGUAGCAUUUCAUCCUCCAUCAUCAUUUUAGAGAGUUAGACAUAAAAGUUGAAGCAACAAUGACAGAACUGAAUUUUGGGUUUUGCAGAGAAGAGAAACCAGAACUGGUUCCAGAAACAAUUUUCUCGCCAAAUGAUGAGUUGGAAUAAUGAUUCAAACCGUAAUACAGAGCAAGUAGUUGCAGUUGCAGCUGCUGCAUAUGUUAUUGAAAAGAUUGCAGGAUCAAGCAUCCAUGGUCAAAAAAGAAGCAGUGCGGGUCUUGAACCCUCUUUGAUCAAGGAUAAGAGCAUAAGAGAAGUUGAAGGUUCAAUGAAAGGUUCAGAAAGCGCAGAGAGCAAAGUGCCAGUAACUGACGCCACAGAUGGAAAGGCUACUAGACCUGCUCCAUCAUUUAAAAGAGCUCUUACUUUUGCUGAUUACAUUGGCAGCACUAGCAGCACAAAACCCAAAAGUAAUCAGAAACCAGAAAGUGCAGCACCAAAACCUGAUCUCCCUACCAAAAAACCUGAAAGGGCAGCACCAAAACCUGAUCUCCCCACCAUAAAACCUGUAAGCACAGCACCAAAACCCGAUCGUCCCACCAUAAAACCUGGAACUACAGCAGCACGACCUGAACAGCCUCCUACCUUUACACCUGCGGCUCCAGUGAUAGAAGUGAAAAAACAGAGUGCAGCAAUGCCAGAGACAAAAGCAGAGGAAUGGGAAAAAGCUGAGAUGGCGAAGAUCAAAGAACGGUAUGUGAAGUUAAAUAGCACUAUACUUGCCUGGGAGGAAAAGAAGAAGAAGAAAGCCACAAACAAGCUCAACAAAGCAAAGAGUGAAUUGGAGGAAAAGAGAGCACGUGCCUUAACCAAAUUUAGGAAUGAGAUGGAAUAUAUCAAACAAGUGGCAGAAGGAGCAAGAGUGCAGGCAGAGGCAAGGCAAAGAAGUGAUGUGCUUAAAGCAAAGGAAAAGGCAAAUAUAAUUAGAACAACAGGAAAAGUUCCAAGGACAUGCUUCUGCUGCUGAAUGUAAAUAAUUAUGUAGAGUCAUAAGUUUUAAGUCACAUAUGUAAAGAUCAUUUUCACAACGCUGUGACUAACUCAAGCAUGCCAAUCACAAGCAGAGACACCAGUAAUUGAAUAAUUUAACACUUGCUUCAAUGAGAAAUUACUUAAAGGACCUCAAGUAGUUUUACUAAAUCUUUCUGCCAAUUUAUGUUUGGUAUGAACAUAUAUGAAGACAUAUAGUAGCUGAUACAGGAAAAAUGCACCCGAUUGUCCUUAGAGUUUCUUACUCAAUCAAAUUAUAUGUUUAGAAUGCUAGGAAUAUGGUGAUCAAUUGCAGAAUGAGUUUUCUCUCAUUUUGAUUAUGAAGGAAUUUGAAUACUCUCCUUUAGAUAUUAAGCAUGAAAGGAAUGGCACAUGCAGAAGGUAAUAAUUAGAGAGCUGAACCAUUUCAGUUGUUCAUAAGAUGCAAGUACUAGAUGCGAGCCCAAGCAAAAACCGGGACAACCCCUCCACCCCUGUUCCUUUGAAAUCACCAUCAACAUGAAGACUGAACCAAAAACUAUGCCAUUUCUGCAUU